AUGGACGACCUUUAUGACGAGUUCGGUAAUUACAUCGGCGAUGCGGAAUCAGAGGAGGAACAGGAUGUCCAGCCUCAAGCCUUCAAGUUCGAUGAGGCCUUCGAUGAUGAGGAAGAGGAAGUGAAUGACCAGCAAUUGAUGGAGGUAGAUGAUGGUCCUUCCAAUGCGGUCAUUUUGCACGAAGACAAGCAAUAUUAUCCCAGCGCACAACAAGUCUACGGCGAGGAUGUCGAAACGAUGGUCCAGGAGGAGGAUGCUCAGCCAUUAUCAGAGCCCAUUAUUGCUCCAGUGCAGGACAAGAAGUUUGCGAUCGCAGAGACCGAGCUACCCCCGGUGCACUUUUCUCGAGAGUUCAUGUCCGACCUCCUGAACUUCCCCUCACAAAUACGGAAUGUCGCAAUCGUGGGUCAUCUGCACCAUGGAAAGACCGCGUUCAUGGACAUGUUGGUUCAACAGACACACGAUCUUUCAGAGCGCCUAGACAAGCGCAUCGGCCGGAAGAGGGAGGAACAGCUACGGUACACCGACGUCCAUUUCUUGGAGAGAGAGCGUGGUCUCUCCGUCAAAUCGGCCCCAAUGAGUCUUGUCCUUCAAGGGACCAAGGGGAAGUCCCACCUGCUCAACCUUCUUGAUACCCCCGGGCAUGUGAACUUCGUCGAUGAGGUGGCUGCUUCUAUCCGUCUGGCGGAUGGUGUGGUGCUGGUGGUAGACGUCGUGGAGGGUGUGCAGGCGAACACCGAGCAAAUCAUCAAGCAUGCAGUCCUGGAAGACAUGCCCUUGACCCUGGUUGUGAACAAGGUGGACCGUCUCAUCCUGGAGCUGAAGCUCCCUCCUAACGACGCCUACUUCAAGCUGAAACACGUGAUUGAAGAGGUCAACACCCUGAUCGAGAACAUCCUGCCCGGACAGGGAGAGCAACGACGAUUAAGCCCUGAAAAGGGCAACGUUGCGUUUGCCUCCAGCUCCAUGAACUGGUGCUUCACUUUGCCGUCUUUUGCUCGAACUUACGCAGACACAUACCCGAGUUUGGACUCGACAGAAUUCGCGGCCCGACUCUGGGGUGACAUCUUCUACAAUCCUACGAGCCGCAAGUUCACUCGCAAGGGAGUCGAGGAGAGAGCCAUGCGGUCCUUUGUCAAGUUUGUUCUGGAGCCGAUCUAUAAGCUCUACUCUCAUACUCUGAGUGAAAGUCCCGAAGACUUGAAAAAGACUCUGGCCAAUGUGGGCAUUCACUUGAAGCCAUCUCAACUCAAAACCGAUGCCAAGGAACUCCUCGGUCUGGUCUGUGAGCAAUUCUUUGGUCCUGCAUCUGGAUUUGUGGACAUGGUUGUUCAGCACGUUCCCUCACCGGUGGAGGGUGCUCAAAGGACUCUGGAGCGGUACUACACUGGUCCUUUGGACAGCAAGAUUGGGGCUUCCAUGGCCGCUUGCAAUUCAGAUGGACCUCUUGUCAUCCACGUCACCAAAUUGUUCAGUAGCACUGACGCUGGAAGCUUCCACUCCUUCGGCAGAAUUCUCAGCGGUACAGCCCGGCCUGGUCAGCAAGUCCGCGUCCUCGGCGAGGGCUACACACCCGAGGAUGAAGAAGACCAAGUCACUGCAACCAUCUCCGAUACAUGGAUUGCGGAAACCCGCUACAACAUCUCCACCGACGGUGUCCCUGCGGGUAACUGGGUGCUCCUGGGUGGUGUCGACAACUCCAUUGUCAAGACCGCUACGCUAGUGCCACUUAAACUUGAAGAUGACGAGGAGGCUCAUAUUUUCCGUCCCAUCCGACACAUGACUGAGUCGGUGUUCAAGGUCGCUGUCGAGCCCGUCAACCCCUCUGAGCUUCCUAAAAUGUUGGAUGGACUGCGGAAGAUCAACAAAAGCUACCCGCUCAUUUCCACCAAGGUGGAAGAGUCUGGUGAGCACGUCGUUCUUGGAACCGGUGAGCUGUACAUGGAUUGUGUCCUGCACGACCUGCGCAAACUGUACUCCGAGAUGGAGAUCAAGGUCUCUGACCCCGUCACACGCUUCUGUGAGACUGUGGUAGAAACAUCCGCUAUCAUGUGCUACUCCAUCACCCCGAACAAGAAGAACAAGAUCACCAUGAUCGCGGAACCCUUGGAUGAGGGCAUUGCAGAGGACAUUGAAAGUGGCAAGGUCAGUAUCAAGGACCCCAUCCGGAAGGUUGCUCGGCAUUUCGAGGACAACUAUGAUUGGGACAAGCUUGCCGCCCGGAGCAUCUGGGCGUUUGGACCCGAUGAAAUGGGUCCCAAUAUUCUCCAGGAUGAUACCUUGCCUUCUCGGGUUGACAAGAAGCUUCUGGGAACCGUACGAGACUCCAUCACCCAAGGUUUCAGCUGGGGUGCACGGGAAGGUCCUCUGUGUGAAGAACCCAUUCGGAACACAAAGUUCAGACUGACCGACGUCUCCCUGGCCGACCAAGCCAUCUACCGCGGUGGUGGUCAGAUCAUCCCCACGGCCCGCCGCGCGGUAUAUUCUUCGUUCCUGAUGGCCUCCCCGCGUCUUAUGGAGCCCAUUUACUCGUGUACUAUGACCGGACCUGCAGACUCCGUGGCGUCCGUGUACACCGUUCUAUCCCGCCGACGCGGUCACGUUCUGUCGGAUGGUCCUAUCGCAGGAACUCCCCUCUACUCCGUGCGCGGCUUAAUCCCCGUCAUUGAUUCCUUUGGCUUUGAGACCGAUCUUCGCAUUCACACGCAGGGUCAAGCCAUGGUCAACCUUGCCUUUGACAAGUGGAGCGUCGUCCCUGGUGACCCUCUGGAUCGGGAUGUUCAACUGAAGCCCUUGGAGCAAGCCUCAGCGAUGGCCACUGCUCGUGACUUUGUCUUGAAGACCCGUCGCCGCAAGGGUCUGGCCGAGGACGUGACCGUCAGCAAAUUCCUGGAGCCCGAGCUUUGGAAGGGACUGAAGGAAAGCGGUGUUUUGGACUCAUGA